UUAUACAAUUAAAUCACAAUCAUCACUCGUUACGUAGGAUGUCUGGCGUGGAAUUUGGGUCCCCUAUGAAAAAGGAAUGUUUCCAUUUUCAGGAAGCGUUUACUUUUGUUAAUCACGGUUCUUUUGGUGCAGUUCCUCUAGUUAUACAGGAGAAACAGCGAAGGUUACUGGAGGAAUCAAAUAAAAACCCCGAUAUAUUCUUCAGAAAAAGAGAAAAAAAUUUUUACUGGGAGGCCCGAGAUAUUGCAGCUAAUUUUUUAGGCGCUAAACCUGAAAAUUUAGUUUUUGUUACAAAUACAACCACAGGAGUAAACUCUGUUCUUCGAUCUUUGCCUUGGGAGAAAGGAGAUGGUAUUUUAGCAACCAAUCUGACCUUCCCUGCCAAUGUCAAUGCCUGUCAAAGAGCGGCUGAAUUUUCGGCUGGACAUUUUUACCAAUUCAAGAUACAGCUUCCUAUUACGAACGAAGCAGACUUGACGAGAAAUAUGACGUCAUAUCUCGAUGAAUUCAAAAAUAUACGAUUGGUUUUACUAGAUCACAUAAGUAGUCCUACCGCUCUGGUAUUUCCUCUGAAAGACAUGAUAGCAGAAUGCAGAAAAAGAAAAGUUCUGGUUUUAAUAGACGGAGCCCAUGCACUAGGUCAGGUAGCGGUGAAUCUUGACGACUUAAAACCUGACUUUUACAUAGGGAACUUCUACAAAUGGUUAUACACACCUCGUGGGUGUGCAGUGCUGUGGGUGGCCGAGGAACAUCAGACAUGGUGUACCCCGCUUGUGACGUCAGUUACGUACAGACAAGGCUUCCAGUCAGAGUUCAUGAUGCAAGGAACGCGUGACAAUAUACCUUACUACUUAGUGCCUGAGGCAUUAAAGUUUUUUAAAGAUAUUGGGGGAAUGGUAUCCAUUUACACCUGA